AUGGACCAACCAAUCGACACCAAACCACCUCUCCGCCCAACCACACCUUCUUCAUCCGCUGCUACAAGCGAUCCCGCUCAAGAAGAAAAGCACCUUUCAGGAACACACAAGGAGCUCGGCCACAAGUCCUCCACUCUCAGGUCUCAGCCCUCUCACAAUUCUCUACGAUCCAAUGUCCCAGUACGGGACGUCCAUGGCUGGAAAUGGGUUCUCGUCGUCAUUUCUCUCUGCUCGGCCACCUUCCUUUGGGGCUUAGACGGAACGAUCACCGCGGAUAUCCAAGCUACGUUCGUACGAGAAUUUCAAUCGAUCGAUAAAUUGGCAUACUGUUCCGUUGCGUUCUUCUUGGGGGCUGCAGCGGUGGUUUUGACAUGGGGACAAGUUCUGGGACAGUUCAACUGCAAAUGGGUGUUUAUCCUUUGCGUAGUCGUGUUCGAAAUCGGUAAUGUGCUCUGUGGUGCAGCGCCAAAUAUCGAUGUUUUGAUUGCUGGACGUGCUAUCACUGGCGUCGGAGGCAGUGGCAUGUAUGUUGGAGUGUUGACGCUGCUGUCGAUGAGCACGACUGAGAAGGAGCGCGCUCUAUACAUGGCGUUCCCUGCACUUACCUGGGGUACUGGAACGGUUCUUGGUCCUAUCAUUGGCGGUGCCUUUGCAGAGUCUUCGGCAACCUGGCGAUGGGGAUUCUACGUCAACAUCUGUGUUGCAGGACUCUUCGCGCCAGUGUAUUUCUUUCUUGUCCCGUCAAAGGAUCCGCAGCCAAAUGCUUAUUGGAAGACACGGCUGUACAACAUCGAUUUCGUUGGUACGACGCUGCUUGUUGGGAGCACCACUUCUCUGGUACUGGCGAUUUGCUUUGGUGGUCUGACAUUCCCAUGGACUUCUGGAUCCAUGAUCGCUUUAUGGGUCGUGGCUGGUGCGCUGCUGCUCAUCUUCGCUGUGCAGCAAGGAACUGGCUUUGCAGCUCGCCAAGUGGUGUUCCCGGUCCAGAUGAUGAAGGAUCUUCGAGUGGUGAUCAUCUUCAUCAAUGAGUGUUGCUCCUCUACGGCGUGCUUCCUGCCAAUAUAUUUCAUCCCGCUGUAUUUCCAGUACAUUCAGAACGAGACCGCCCUGGAAGCUGGUGUUCGUCUGCUGCCGCUAGUCUUUUUAAUGGUCGGAACAGUAUUGCUCUGCGGCGCCGUGGUGACAGCAACUGGAAAAUGGAUCCCCUGGUUCUUCUAUGGAGGUGUGCUGGUUGUCGUUGGUGGAGCACUCCUCUAUACUGUGGACGAAACCACCUCUACCGCCAGACUUUACGGGUAUACCGUUAUCCUUGGCUCAGGCGCUGGAGCGUACGUGCAGAUGCCAUUCAACGCGUGCCAAAUGCUCGUCGAUCCGAGCUUGAUUCCUGCUGCAACAGGUCUCAUCACCUGGGGCCAGCUAGCAGCGCCUGCUAUCACCCUCAGUAUUGCCAAUGCCAUUUUCUUGAACCAAGCCAAGGAUGCAUUGACUGCCAUACUGCCUGCAGACGCGCCAGUAUUGGAGAUCGUGUCUGGAGCCAGCAAGCAGUAUCUCAUCGACCUGGACGAGGCGACUCGACAAGCAGCCAUUCACGCGAUUGUGAGGGCUUUGGCUCAGAACUAUGUUCUGGUCUUCGUGGGAGGCGCUCUGACAUUGAUUUUGAGCGUAGUCCUUUGCAUCAAGAUGCAGCGAUUCUUUUGA